GUUUUGCCCCGAGCCCGAGGUCCAUUGUGUCUUGUGUCAUCGUCAGUGAACAAAGUGAUCGGCGCCCGUGAAGUUGCUGCUAGGCGUAUUGAACUGCGACGAGAGAUAGGCGCUGAAGUGCGGUCCUUUACAAGACGACCAGCACGAUGGGGAGCAAGGUGUGGCUCUGCGUGGUGGCGCUGGGCGCCCUGUGCGUCGCGGCGCUCGCGGGUCCGGCCGUCGUGGUGCCCAGCCCAAGGCUCCUAGGAACUCGGGAAAAGGCCUGCACUUGGGGGCCAUCGUACUGGUGCCAGAACAUCACCACGGCCAAGGGCUGCGGCGCCGUCAAGCACUGCAUCCAGACCGUGUGGGAGCACAUGACCCUUCCCGAGGACAACGAUGACAUCUGCACCCUGUGCAAGAACAUGGUCAAGCAGGCCCGCGAUCAGCUGGAGAGCAACGAGACGCAAGAGGAGCUGCGGGAGGUGUUCGAGGGCUCGUGCAACCUCAUCCCCCUCAAGCCCGUGGCCAAGGGCUGCGACAAGCUGGUGGACGAGUUCAUCCCCGAACUGGUGGAGACCCUCGCCUCACAGAUGAACCCCCAGGUGGUGUGCUCUGUGGCUGGCCUUUGCAACAACGCAGAGAUUGAUCGUAUGCUGGCUGCUGCGGGCAAGUUGACUAAAGUGUCUCUGCACAGGCCUAGCUCAUCAGUUGCUGUCAUUAAGCCUGCCGAAGAAGGCAAGUCUGACUGCCACACCUGCUCCUCAACACUUACCAAGCUUCAGAGGAAGGUCAAGAUGACUGACAGAGACGACUUGGUGAAUAAAUUCCUUGAGGGUUGCGGAAUGAUGGGCAGCCUCUCCGAUGGUUGUGCCGCCCUUGUUGUCACGCACUUUGCUGACAUCCAUGAGUCAAUGUUGAUGUGACCCCAGUUGGACAGGUUGGCAUUGUGCCAGUUCUUGCAGAUAACAUGACUUGCCAAUUUUGUGAAAGGAUGGUUCAACAUCUCCGGGACAUCUUGGUGGCCAACACUACUGAGGCUGAAUUCCAACAGGUGAUGGAAGGCUUGUGCAAACAGAUGAAGCCCAAGUACAAGGAUGAAUGCCUUACUAUUGUCACUGAAUAUUAUGGCAUGCUUUACAACUUCCUUGUGAAUAAUUUGAAUGGCCAGGAGAUUUGCUCCUUCGCUGGUCUUUGCCCUGGUCCGGGAGUGUCUGCUCAUGCUCCAAUCUGGCCUCUUCUACCAGCUGAGAUGAAUGUGAAGGAAAUUUUGUCCGGAUCUCUUGAAUCACAAAAUUCAGAGAAUCCUGUUGUUGAGAUUUCUGUGAGCUCUGAUUCUGCAAAGAUUGAUGUGCAGGACCCGGCAUCAUACCAGCUUCCCAUUGAGAGAAUGACCCCUCAAGUACUUGUCAAUAUUGGCAGCAACAAGGAAAUAUGUGAGUUCUGUGAGUACUUCUUGCACUUUGUUCAGACUGAACUUGCAAGUGAAAAAACAGUUGAGAAGGUGAAAGCUGUUGUGGAAGGAGCGUGUGAUCGCCUUCCUGCCACAAUUAACAAUCAAUGCAAGGACUUUGUAGAUGCCUACGGAAAUGCUUUUGUUGCUAUUAUCGUACAAGAAAUUGACCCAUCUCUGGUUUGCCCUGGCAUGGGCUUCUGUCCUUCAAAGGACAACAGCCGCAUUCUUCUGGUUGGUAAUGAUGAGAAGUUUGAUGAUAAGCCAGGCUGCCCACUGUGCCUUCUUGCUGUUGAACAGUUGGAAACUAUUGUGAAAGACAACAAAACUGAAGAAUCUGUGAAGGCUGCUCUUGAAUCACUUUGCUUGCAUUUGCCUAAAUCACUUGUUAGCGAAUGUGAUAAUUUUGUUGAUACUUACUCUACUCAAUUGGUGGACAUGUUGAUUGCUGACUUCACUCCCCAGGAAGUUUGUGUAUACAUCAAGCUUUGCAGUGCUACCAAGAAUACUGAGGAAGUUGUUUUUGGAGACAUUCUUACCAAUGAAGUUCCCCAGUAUGAGAACCAGAAACUCCAGAAAAACAUCAAAGAUGAUCCCCAGUGUGUUAUUUGUGAAUUUGCUAUGUCCCGUAUCGACUCCAUGUUGAAGAAUAAUGCAUCAGAGGCAGAAAUUAAGGAGGUUGUUCACAAAGUUUGCAGUUACAUGCCCAAAACAGUGGUACCCCAGUGCAACAAAUUUGUUGACCAGUAUGCUGACUUGGUUCUCACACUUUUGGCUCAAGAGUUGGAUCCUAAAUUAGUGUGCACUGAGUUGAAACUCUGCAAACCAAACUCUCUUCACAAUGACAGAGUUGCCUUAAGUCUUUUUCAGCAGCACACAAAGAAAAAUGUUGCAGAAUGCGCUCUUUGUGAAGGAGUCGUUCAAGCUCUGGACACUUACCUGAGUGACCCCAAAGUUGAAGACGAGAUUGAUGACCUCUUGAUCCGGGCUUGUGGAGUGUUGCCCGCAAAGCAGUACGGCAAAUGCCGUAACUUUAUCAAGGUUUAUGGACCUAGCAUUCAGAACAUCAUUGCCAAGACCCCUGGUGUAACCCACUUGAUUUGUGAAAAAAUUGCUGUGUGUGUGCGAGGCUCAGGAUCAGUUGAGCUUCUUGGUGGGCGCAAGUGUACAUGGGGUCCUGGAUACUGGUGCCAGAGUGAGGAACAUGCCAAGGCCUGUGGGCCUGGAACACUGCUCCACUGCCAAGAGCGAGUGUGGAAGGGACGUCAGCACUAGGCCAACAGUCAGCAGUGAAAUGCAAUGCCCCCCUCCCCCUCUUCUUUUCUUUACACGUUUCUCACUAUACUUGUGAACUUGAUUCAAUAUUUUUUUAACAAAUAGCAUAGAAUUUUAAGAUCAAUUUUAAUCAUUUUUGUUGUUUUUUUACAUACAAUUUAAUGUACAUGGAUGGUAUUUUUUGCUAGUCGAAACAUCCCUUUGUUUGAAGUAGCCAUACUAGAAGAAGACUCAUAGGAGGAAAGUGAACUGUGAUUUUAAGUUUAUGAUGUGUGUAAGAGUAAAGUGUGCUUGCAUAUUGAUCAGUGGUGUUUCCUUAUGAUAAAACACCAGUUUUGACUGUCUUGAAAUCUUUUAGAACUACUUCUUGUAAAAUGAAACUGUUCUAGACUAAUUGCUCUUAACCGAUGGUGAUCGACAUGAACAACCUGCUGUAAGAUUAGCUAGACCAACAACAUUGUUCCUCUUUUGUAGUAGUCUAUCUGUCAAUAAAUAAAUAUUUGUACCCAU